GCUUCAGCGAGGUCCGCAGGAGGUUCGGAGCGCGGCGGCGGACACUCCCCGGCGGUAGUGGCGGUGGCGGCUCGGAGCGGGCUCCGGGAGUCCAGCGCAUCGUCUAGAGGACGCCGGACCGCGAAGAUCCCCCGGGCUGCAGGCGCGGAGAAGGGCUCUCGCGGCGCCUGGCAGGAGCGCUAGGGGACCGGCUCGGGCGGCUGCGCUAUCGGCCUCGGAGAGCGCGGGCACCGGGCCAGCAGGCCGUGUCGCGCUCACCAUGGUCAGCUGCUGGGACACCGCGGUCCUGCUGUGCGCGCUGCUCGGCUGUUUGCUUCUCACAGGAGCUGGUUCAGGGUCAAAGUUGAAAGGCCCUGAGCUGAGUUUAAAAGGCACCCAGCACAUAAUGCAAGCUGGCCAGACUCUCUUUCUCAAGUGCAGAGGGGAGGCAGCCCACUCGUGGUCUCUGCCUGCAACAGUGAGUAAGGAGGAGAAGAGGCUGAGCGUUACUAGAUCCGCCUGUGGGAGGAACAACAGACAAUUCUGUAGCACCUUGACCUUGAACAUGGCGCAAGCCAACCACACGGGCCUCUACACCUGUAGAUACCUCCCCAAAUCCGCUUCCAAGAAGAAGAAAACAGAAUCUGCAAUCUACAUAUUUGUUAGUGAUGCAGCGAGCCCUUUCAUAGAGAUGUACAGUGACAUACCUAAAGUUGUGUACAUGACGGAAGGAAGAGAACUCAUCAUCCCCUGCCGGGUGACGUCACCCAACAUCACAGUCACUCUAAAAAAGUUUCCAUCUGAUACUCUGACCCCUGAUGGAGAAAGAAUAAUGUGGGACAGUCGGAAAGGCUUCAUAAUAACAAAUGCGACAUACAGAGAAAUAGGACUUCUGAACUGCGAAGCCACAGUCAAUGGGCACCUAUACCAGACAAACUAUUUGACCCAUCGGCAAACCAAUACCAUCCUGGAUGUCCGCAUAAGUCCUCCAAGCCCAGUGAGACUGCUCCAUGGUCAAACUCUUGUCCUCAACUGCACCACUACCACCGACCUGAACACGAGAGUGCAGAUGAGCUGGAGUUACCCUGGUAAAGCAACUAAGAGAGCUUCUAUAAGGCAACGGAUUGACCAAAGCAAUCCCCACAACAAUGUGUUCCACAGCGUUCUGAGGAUCAAUGACGUGCAGAGCCACGACAAGGGACUCUACACUUGUCGUGUGAAAAGUGGAUCAUCAUUCAGGUCUUUCAACGCCUCCGUUCAUGUGUACGGAAAGGGAUUCAUCAGUGUGAAGCAUCGGAAGCAGCAGGUGCAGGAGACCGUAGCGGGAAAGCGGUCCUAUCGGCUGUCCAUGAAAGUGAAGGCCUUCCCCUCGCCAGAAGUCGUAUGGUUAAAAGAUGGCUCGCCUGCAACAGAGAAGUCUGCUCGCUAUUCGGUGCACGGCUAUUCACUAGUUAUCAAAGAUGUAGCUACGGAGGAUGCAGGGGAUUAUACAAUCUUGCUGGGCAUAAAGCAGUCAAACCUAUUCAAAAACCUCACUGCCACUCUGAUUGUAAAUGCGAAACCUCAGAUCUAUGAAAAGUCCGUGUCAUCCUUUGCGAGCCCGGCUCUCUACCCACUGGGCAGCAGACAAGCCCUCACUUGCACUGUGUACGGAAUCCCUCGGCCUACAAUCAAGUGGCUCUGGCACCCCUGUUAUCACAAUCAUUCCAAGGAAAGGUAUGACUUCUGUUCCAAGAGUGAAGACUCCUCCAUCCUGGAUUCUGACAGCAAUGUAGGAAACAGAAUUGAGAGCAUCACUCAGCGCAUGAUGGUCAUAGAAGGAACCAACAAGACGGUCAGCACCUUGGUGGUGGCUGACUCGAGAACUUCUGGAAUCUACAGUUGCGAGGCCUUCAAUAAAAUAGGAACUGUGGAAAGGAACAUAAAAUUUUACGUCACAGAUGUACCGAAUGGCUUUCACGUUUCCUUGGAAAAGAUGCCAACAGAAGGAGAGGACCUGAAACUCUCCUGCAUGGUCAACAAGUUCCUGUACAGAGACAUUACCUGGAUUCUGCUACGGACAGUUAAUAACCGGACCAUGCACCACAGCAUCAGCAAGCAAAAAAUGGCCACCACUCAAGAGUACUCCAUCACCCUGAACCUUGUCAUCAAGAACGUGUCCCUGGAAGACUCGGGCACCUAUGCCUGCAGAGCCAGGAACAUAUACACAGGGGAAGAAAUCCUUCGGAAGACAGAAGUUCUCAUUAGAGAUCAAGAGGCACCACACCUGCUGCAAAACCUCAGCGACCACAAGGUAUCCAUCAGCGGCUCCGCAACCUUAGACUGUCAAGCUAGCGGCGUCCCCCAGCCUCAGAUCACUUGGUUUAAAAACAACCACAAAAUACAACAAGAACCUGGAAUUAUUUUAGGACCGGGCAACAGCACUCUGCUUAUUGAAAGAGUCACAGAGGAGGAUGAAGGUGUCUACAGGUGCAGGGCCACCAACCAGAAGGGAGCCGUGGAGAGCUCAGCCUACCUCACCGUGCAAGGAUCCUCAGACAAGUCGAACCUGGAGCUGAUCACGCUCACAUGCACCUGUGUGGCUGCGACUCUCUUCUGGCUCCUUUUAACUCUCUUCAUCCGGAAACUGAAACGGCCUUCUUCUGAAGUAAAGACGGACUACCUGUCAAUCAUAAUGGACCCAGAUGAAGUCCCCCUGGAUGAGCAGUGUGAACGGCUGCCCUAUGAUGCCAGCAAGUGGGAGUUUGCGCGGGAAAGACUUAAACUAGGCAAAUCGCUCGGGAGAGGGGCCUUUGGGAAAGUGGUUCAAGCAUCUGCAUUUGGCAUUAAGAAAUCACCCACCUGCCGGACCGUGGCUGUGAAGAUGUUGAAAGAGGGGGCCACAGCUAGUGAGUACAAGGCUCUGAUGACUGAACUCAAGAUUUUGACUCACAUCGGCCAUCAUCUGAACGUGGUUAACCUUCUGGGAGCCUGCACCAAGCAAGGAGGGCCUCUGAUGGUGAUCGUGGAGUACUGCAAAUACGGAAACCUGUCCAACUACCUCAAGAGCAAACGUGACUUAUUCUUUCUUAACAAGGAAGCGGCCUUACAUACAGAGCCCAAGAAAGAAAACCUGGAGCCAGGCCUGGAACAGGACCAGAAACCCAGACUUGACAGCGUGGACAGCAGCGAAAGUUUCGCCAGUUCAGGCUUUCAGGAAGACAAAAGUGUGAGCGACCCUGAAGAAGAUGAGGAUUGUGGUGAGAUCUCCAAGCAGCCCCUCACCAUGGAAGAUCUGAUUUCCUACAGUUUCCAAGUGGCCAGAGGCAUGGAGUUUCUGUCCUCCAGAAAGUGCAUUCAUCGAGACCUGGCAGCACGAAACAUCCUUUUAUCUGAGAACAAUGUUGUGAAGAUUUGCGACUUUGGCCUGGCCCGGGAUAUUUAUAAGAACCCCGACUAUGUGAGAAAAGGCGAUACUCGACUUCCCCUGAAGUGGAUGGCUCCUGAAUCCAUCUUUGACAAGAUCUACAGCACCAAGAGCGACGUGUGGUCCUAUGGAGUGUUGUUAUGGGAAAUCUUCUCCUUAGGAGGUUCUCCAUACCCAGGAGUACAGAUGGAUGAAGACUUCUGCAGCCGCCUGAAGGAAGGCAUGAGAAUGAGGGCACCAGAGUAUGCGACGCCUGAAAUCUACCAAAUCAUGUUGGAUUGCUGGCACAAAGACCCCAAAGAGAGGCCCCGGUUUGCAGAACUUGUGGAGAAACUAGGUGACCUGCUUCAAGCCAACGUCCAACAGGAUGGUAAAGACUACAUCCCGAUCAAUGCCAUACUGACAAGAAACAGUGGCUUCACGUACUCAGUCCCCACCUUCUCUGAGGACUUUUUCAAGGAUGGUUUUACAGCUCCACCGUUUCAUUCUGGAAGCUCUGAUGAUGUGAGAUAUGUAAAUGCUUUCAAAUUCAUGAGCCUGGAGAGAAUCAAGACCUUUGAGGAGCUUUCGCCAAAUGCCACCUCCAUGUUUAAAGAUUAUCAGCUGGACACUAGCACUCUGCUGGCCUCCCCGCUGCUCAAGCGAUUCACCUGGACUGAGAGCAAGCCCAAGGCCUCCAUGAAGAUAGACUUGAGAAUAACAAGUAAAAGCAAGGAGUCGGGGCUUUCUGACGUCCCCAGGCCCAGCUUCUGCUUUUCCAGCUGUGGCCACAUCAGGCCCGUGCACGACGACGACGACUCUGAGCUGGGGAAGGAUUCCUGCUGCUCGCCACCCCCAGACUACAACUCUGUGGUGUUGUACUCCUCCCCACCCGCCUAGCGCUUCUCAAGACGCAGACAGCUGACAGCCUGACAGUAUUAUGCAUAUAUGAGUUUACACCUAUUCCUCUGCACAGGGGCCGGCUGCUUUUCCUGACUUAAUCGUGCUUCUUUGUCGUUUUUGUUGCUGUUUUGACUAACAAGAAUGUAACCCCCAGAUAGUGACAAGUGAGGAACACUACUGCUCAAGUCCUCAUGUGACCCUGUGUCAGAGAAACCCUUUCUAAGCCCAAUGAGUCACCUGCUCCAGCUCCCAAAGCCUCAGGACACCCUGGAAAGGGCAUCUGCUGGCCAUGGCACCCGCUGUGUGUCCUCGUGCCCCAUCUGCCCUCCCUGCAGCUGUGGGAGCAGGCGCAGUAGGCCCCUUAGCUCACAGCGGCAUGCAUGGGCCGGCGCUGUAUCUUUGCAGUCCCCUGGCAGAUAUUAAGACACUUACAGAGGAGAGAAAGGGAGAACAGAGAAAAAAGAGGCGUACAUAGGGAAAGGCCUUGGGAUAUAGCUUGUGGAGACGAUGCAGGAGAGGGCUGACUCCUCAAUGCCACUUCAGUGAUUUCUCACUUCUGACCUACUAAGAGGUGACAGGGAAGAAUGUGUGGGACAUUUUCUAGAUUCUCAGAGACAAGAACAGAUGUUUUUGGGAACCACAGAAAAUCUUACGUCUUUCCCUGAGAGUUUAUCUCUGUUGUCUGUUACCAUCCAUCCACAGCAUGUUUAACAUAGGUCAGUGAGGGCGGCACUCGGUUCUGAAGCCAUACUUAACCAUCAGUUCCUGUAGCGAGAGACACUGAGAUCAGACCCAAGCUUGGAGGUGACUUAGCAUACUGCUCACAGGGAGCUAAGCAGUCCAUUUUGGCCUAGCAAGGGUGCUAAAACGCCACAUUUUAAUCAGUCAGGUUCUAUUUCAAGUAUUCAUAUACAGAUAGGACACUUUUGCAUUAUCCUGUUUCAUACAUUUAGCUAUUCAAGGAAGCUGGAGAGAGUUAAGAGUGAGAGCCUAGAAGACGGUUUUCUCUGUACCCAAACCAGGAUUAACGGACUAAAACCCAGUAAGGCAGAGUGGGCGCUCCAUGUGUAAUAGCCAAACCAAUUCACCCACAGAGUUGGGACCUCACUGUUUUCCUUUUACUUCGUCCUGGGUUUCCCCAUCUCAAGCCAAUCUGAGAGAGUAAAAGAGCACUGGCCAAUGUUUACUAAGCACUUUACACUCCUUGGAAGAGAAGGUGAUGUGUAAUUUACGCAAGCUAUUUCUUCAGCUGGGACUCAGGAUAUUAGUCAAUGAGCCAUCAAAAGGAAAAAAAUAUUCUAUUUUUGUCUGUUUGGAACCUUACUUGGGGUCUAAGGAUGAUGGAGACAGGGUAGAAAUGGGUACUCACUCCUUGGUGUCUAGAGAUUGUGAGCCCUGGAUCUGUUAGGUGUUGUAUGUGCAGAUUAUGGUCUGUGUGUCUAGGGUGUGUGCACCCGCUACAGCCAGUCACAGCGGGGCAGACAGCGGGCAGCGGCCUUUGAGAGCAGGCCAUGCUUCCUUUAUGCUUGCCACUUAGCUCUAUGGCCUGAACAGUAGCAUGUGUGCCCGCUCCCCUGUGCACCACAUUCUUGAGAAUGGGGGCGCGGAACAAUCCCCAGUGAGACAGUCUGCAGCCAUGGUGGCUCUUGGGGGACUCAGUAGCCAGGAUAGAGAAGAAGGAAAAAGGCUUCAACCAGGAACUGGACAAACGGAAGUCAGGGCAGGGCUGGGGGAAGAACCCUUUGUUCUUCAUCUUUGCAUCUGCAGAAGCUCGUGCCAGCUGACAAGUGUCAGAGUGGGGUGAGUGGACAGAGGCCACCGGAGAAAUGAGUGAUGCAGGCAUUCUACAGAUCUUCACAUCACUUAAACAUUCAGCCAUUAGUGAAAAAAGAAAACCUUAGCCAGUCCUGUACUAUUUUCAUUUUAAUCAUUUAAUUCUUAAUCAUUGAGAGACUUUAGUAAGGUCCCUUUCCCACAAAAGAAAAUCUGUGGGGAUUCUCUGGCUCUGCUUUGGAGUCUGCUAAAGUCCAUCAGCGAAGAGGAAGAAAGCAGACAGUUCCGUCUGAGCCGUUAAGGCAGGAAGAAAAAUGAAACUUGCAAUGACACACAUACUUAGCUGCAUGGUGCCCACUCAUCAAAACAGCAUUGGAUGUUAGGACUCUGACAGUGACAUUAAGACUGUUUGCCGUUCAAGGCCGGUGUGGGGGCACUAAGGAAGAAUAAACAUUUCUCCUAGUGUUUGAGGUCACCAAUGUGGAACCAGGGAGCUGAAACCCCAGGCAAGCCUAAGUUAGCCCGAGAGAUACUCAGGGGACAGAGCUGUUCAACUCCUAAAAACUGUUGUCUUUGUGCAGUGCCUAGCUCCCUGCCUAGACAUCAACUCAAUGGAGGAAGAGGGCAUCUUUUGACUGACAGUGGCAGGAACUGUACAUGUAUGUUUGUGUGUGUGUAUCUGUAUGUUUUGUGCAUAACUAUUUAAAGAAACUGGAAUUUUAAAGUUAACUUUUAUAUGAACCAAGAUGAUAUGCCACAGACAGAACUAAGACAUGAUCUGGUCCCACCUUCCUAGUCAUGAUGAAUGUAUUUCGUAUAUUAUCUUCAUUUAAUAAAAUUCACUUUCAAAACCAAA